AACUAAUUGUAAAUUUUGUAUUAGAAAAAUAAUUUAAAUUAUUUUUUAUAAGCUAAAAUGAAGUUAAUUUGUCUUAUUUAAAUUCUACAAAUUUAUGUUUUCAAUUUAUGUAUAACUUAACUUUGACGCAAGAAAAUAUUUAUUUAAUUUUAUGUACAUAUGUGAAGAACUGAUCCAAACAUAAUGUGUAUGUUCUUGGGUGGCGCCACCAAAAAUCCAAUUCAGCCGUGGUUCUGUUAUUUCGGUUUUUCUCUUAAUCCGUCACUUCUUCAGAUUCUGGAGAAAUCUCAUCAUCGCAACCUUUGAAAAAGUUGUUCCAUUAAGGGUGAGCUUGGGUGUGCUUCCAAGCUCAUACCUGAUUUCACAUUUCCAUGGCUUUCGCUAUGAGGGUCGUGCUUUUUCCUUCAACCCCAGGGUGUGGGGUUGCUUUGCUUCUUUAGAAUCUCUCUCUUUAAACACAAUGAUAAUGCAGUGGGAAAACAUACGUAGGUGCAAUGUUUUUAACCCUUUUUUUUUUCUUUUUUUUCGUGAACAGACACGGGAAGAACGGAAAUAUCUAACUUUUUUGGAAGGUAGAAGAGAUAAGAAAGUAAUAAAAAGUAUAUAUUUCACAAUGAUUGGAUUAUCCUCCCCGUUGAGUUGCGGUGGAAUGGAAGACGCUAGCUUUGAUCUGGGAUUUUGGAGGAACAAUGGAAAGAAGGUUUUGUUGACAUACUAAUAAUUGGCAUUAAAAGAGUAGAAUUUAAUAGGUAGGUGAAGAAGCCAAUAUGGAAACACCAGGGGUGCCGGCAAUAAACACCUAUAAGAAAAAAAUGGUAAAACAAUUGACAGGAAAAAGGGACGAUACACCUUUGCAUUCUGCAGCAAGAUCAGGGAAUUUGGCUGUGCUGAAGGAUGCCAUUUGCGGAGCUAAUGAGGUUGAGUUGCAUGAAUUAUUGGCCAAGCAGAAUCAAGAUGGAGAAACGCCCCUUUAUGUUGCUGCUGAAUAUGGUUACACUGAUUUAGUCAGGGAGAUCAUUCAGUAUUAUGAUCUUGCUGAUGCUGGAAUUAAAGCUAGAAAUGGUUUUGAUGCAUUGCAUAUUGCUGCCAAACAAGGGGAUUUAGAUGUCAUGAAGGUUCUGAUGGAAAGUCAUCCUGAGUUGUCAAUGACUGUGGAUCUAUCCAACACCACAGCUUUGCACACUGCUGCAAUACAAGGGCACACUGAGAUAGUGAAGUUUCUAUUGGAAGCAGGAAGUAGUCUGGCAACCAUUGCUAGAAGUAAUGGGAAAACAGCUCUGCAUUCUGCUGCAAGAAAUGGACAUUUGGCUGUUGUGAAAGCACUUCUUGAGAAAGAGCCUGCGGUUGCCACGAGAAUCGAUAAGAAGGGCCAGACAGCACUUCACAUGGCAGUGAAGGGGCAGAAGCUUGAGGUGGUGGAAGAGUUGAUAAAAGCAGACCCCUCAUCAACGAACAUGGUUGACAAUAAGGGAAACACAGCAUUGCAUAUAGCAACCAGGAAGGGCAGGAGUAAGAUUGUAAAGUUGCUUUUAGAACAGAAGGAAACGGCAACAAGUGCAGUGAAUAGGUCUGGGGAAACGGCAAUAGACACUGCGGAGAAAAUGGGGAACAAUGAUGUGAAAGCCAUUCUUCUUGAACAUGGUGUUCAGAGUGCGAGGGCCAUAAAGCCCAGUCAGGGCACAACGGCUACUACAGCCCGUGAGUUGAAACAGACGGUGAGUGACAUAAAGCACGAGGUCCACCACCAGUUGGAACACACACGCCAAACCAGAAAACGCGUCCAGGGAAUUGCCAAACGUAUUAACAAAAUGCAUACGGAAGGACUCAACAAUGCAAUAAACUCCACAACCGUGGUGGCAGUCCUAAUAGCCACUGUGGCCUUUGCGGCUAUUUUCACAGUCCCUGGCCAAUUCGUUGAUGACCCACAUGAGAUUCCUCCAGGGAUGUCCCUUGGGGAGGCAAACAUAGCUCCAAAACCCCCUUUCAUAAUUUUCUUUGUGUUUGAUUCCGUUGCACUGUUUAUCUCUUUGGCGGUGGUGGUGGUGCAGACCUCGGUUGUGGUUAUAGAAAGCAAAGCAAAGAAGCAGAUGAUGCAAGUGAUAAACAAGCUAAUGUGGAUUGCUUGUGUUCUCAUUUCGGUGGCGUUCUUGGCGCUGUCAUUUGUAGUGGUGGGGAAGGAAGAGAAGUGGCUGGCCAUAGGAGUUUCCAUUAUAGGAACAACCAUAAUGGCUACGACCUUGGGGACUAUGUGUUACUGGGUCGUUAGGCAUCGCAUUGAGGCCUCAAAUUUGAGGAGCAUUCGAAAAUCUUCAUUGCAAAGCAGGUCUAAUAAGUCUAUUUCAGUGUCAGCGUUCUCAGAUUCUGAGCUAUUAAACAGUGAGUAUUGUAAGAAAAUGUAUGCGAUUUAGAUAGAACCAACUUUACUUAGUCUGUUCCCUAUUUAGCA